AUGGUACGUAUAGUUACGCGAGAAUUUAUAACUAAACAUGAUAGACCUUACAGUGUCUUAAAUAUAAAAGUACCAAGUGCAGUCUGGCACCAAGCUUUGAACCCAACACCUGUGUUUAAAUCUGCUGUAACUGUUACUGUGCCUAUACAUGUGGCUGCAGAGGAAGAAAAUGAAGUAGAAGAUGUUGUGAAUGACGGCACUGAAGUAAGCGUUGCUGUUGAUAGCACUUUAAUAAACGAUGAGCCAAUUUCGUCAGUCUCUGCAGAUACUGAAGUAACAGUGUCACCUGCGGGAACGGUUACUCAAUCGCCAGUCCUUCAAGAUGGACUACCCGAACAACCCGUGCAAGGAGUGACUGGUCAAGUAACAAGAUUUCCAUGUACAUGUAACGAUGGUCAGUGUGGAUGUUGCACAGGAGCUAUUAUGGACAGAUUUAGAAUGAAGGCAUGCGGAAAUAUAUCGUUUGUGCCCCAAGAUUUUGUAUUCGAUGUAAGAUUAACUUUAAAUAACAACACGGUUGUCCGACGUAGAGUUUCAGCUAGUGAUCCUCCACCGAUUUGCUUCAAUCCCAGAAGAGCACCAUUUGUACGUGUUUGUGCAGAAAUUAGCAACAUUCGUAUCCGAAAUGGAAAUGCAUUUGCCUGUUUAGACAUUAAAGCAGACAUUGGCAGCUUCCCUGUUUAUUCUGCAUCAUUUAGAUGUUUUGGAUUGGGAUCGUCUGGUUUGCAGACUGGAUUAAAACCGAAACCAGUAUCGUCGGGUCCCAAACCAGUUAACUUAUUCGGAAGUGGUAGUACUAACAAUGAUGGAACCAUCUUAGACGCAGCCGGUCAAUUACUUACUGGCGGUAAUAAUGGUAACGGACUGUUUGGAGCGCCCCAAGGAGGUCUUUUUGGAGGAGGUGGCGGGCCUUUAGAUGCUAUAGGAGACGCCGUAGGGAAUUUACUAGAAGAUGACUUAAAUGGCACUAUCCUUGAUAAAUUAAGUGGGGUUGAAAUACCAGAUAGUCCGUUGCUAUUGCUGGACCGAUUAAAGUUGAGACAUAAUAUCUCAAACAUAUCUCACUAUGCGAGACAAAAUCAAGAAGGUGAACAAAACUCAACGGAAUCAAGAAGAUGCUCAUGUUAUCUUGGCGUUUGCAAAUGUUGCACGGGAUUUUUGAUGGAUUUAUUCAAUCAAAAGGCAUGUAUGAAAGUAACGUAUCAUCCAGGCGACUUCGCUUUUGAUGUUGCGAUGUCUAUCAAUGAUAGAGUUCUUUACGAAAAUUCUGUUUCAGGGAAAAAUCCAAGACCAAUAUGCAUAAGUCCACCGCGGUUGUCGAAUUUAAAAGUUUGUGCGCAAUUUUACAACGUAUUCUUUCCCGGAAGAAACUUUCACUUUUGUUUGGCAAUGAACGGAAAAUGGCGAUCUCUCCAAUUAUUCAACUUCGCAUUUGAUUGCUUGAGGAUGGGUGCAAAUGGCAUUGCUAUGAUAAGACCCGAGGAAAAUGGUGGAAUAACGAUUCCUAACCCCCAAGGUGGCGUUGACGCUGUUGUGGACGCAGGCGAAGACGACAUUGAAGAAUACGACGAGUCUAAUAUAGUGCGAUCACUUUUAGAAAUAUUUGACGAAGAUUAA